UGCCCGCGCAGCUCACUCGUGUGUUCAAGUUCUCGCUGUUGCAAACGUAAACCGACUUUCCGAUACGAAUUUGGAACGUUUCCGACCGGUAAAGUCGGUUUAACUGUCGCUUUUAGGCGAACAAUUUUGCGACCGCCUAAAUUUCGCAUUGCGAUUGGCAGUGCGAUUGCUUCACUCUGUUACGCUACCGUCUUAACAGAUAACUGUGAAGAAACGUGUGCAAGCUUUGUGUGUUGCGGAGUCGGCAGAAGUCGGCAGAUUGUGCUUUAUCAGUGCUGUGGAAUGGAUGUGUUUUGUGGAAAGUGCUAAUUUUGUUUGGUUCGAGACUUGCGAUACGUUUCACUGAACGCGAUACAAAAAGUGGUUUUGUUAUCGAGUUCAUGUGACUACCGGAGUAUUGAUACGCUGUGCUUUCCCCCUGUCCAGAGCUUGAUUUAUGGACCGACCGGCAAAAAUCAACGCGGCAAAAGAACGCAGAACCGCCAACCAAAAUGUGACCACCGAAAAAGUAACCAAAACAACAAGCAUCCUUCAAAUUCAUGAGUCCUGCAAGAUUACAUGAUCCAAUCAAUAUUUAUUGUACUUAUUAACUUUAGAAAACGAAUCUAGUCGCCAUAGCACUAUUUAAACGAAGCAAUUUAGACUUUAUUACUAGAACAAUACGGUUGAACAUCGUAUUGAAGUACAAAGAUUAAGGAAUUGAAGAGACAGUACAAACGACUCGUGGGGCCCUAAUGUUGAUUUAUUAGUAAAUUGAUGUAUUAGAAGUUCCCUGAGAUAAAACGAUCAAGAUGUCCACAAGUUUCGAACACUCUUCAAUGAAGAGUAGCUUCUCGUUGUCAUCUUUGAGGAGCGCGCCCGCGCCGCCUGGCGGCCGCUGCGAACAACUCGAGCGGCCUUACCAUAGUCUCACUAAAAAGAGGAAGGAGCCAUGUCGCGAAGCGUGGCGCCGCAGCUGGGGGUCUGCAGCGAGCGGCGGCAGCGCCGGAGACGACCUGUGGCCGCUGCUGCAGCACCACUACGACUAUAUCAUGGACAACCAGAUCAUUGAUAGCUGCAAGGAAGCAAACGGCGAACUCCUUCACAGCUCAGUCCAGUGCCCGCGGCUUCUAAACCCGACAGCUGGGUUCAACCGUCAGUGGUCACUGAGCCAGCUGGUGGCUGAGUUUAACGAGCUCUGCCAGUGGCUCAGCCACGUGCAAGAGGAGAUCUAUUCUAGUCCCGAGAACUUGUCCAGUAGGAAGCUGAGGAUGAGUCGUAUGACGGAGCUGGUGUCAGUGGAACCGCGCCGCGCCAAGUUCAUCGAGCAGGCCACCGCUAUACUCGAACGUAUACCAGAAGCCAGUGCUGAAGUGACGUGGCGGAUAGAACAUUUGAAUGUGAAGUGGGAAGGUCUCCGGCUGCUACUUAGUCCUGAGCAGCAGCAUCGAGAGGGAGACAGUUCUGACACAGUUGACACAGCUCACGAGUUAAGAUGCCUGCGUCGCUGGCUGCACUGCAUGGAAGGCCGCCUGCCGCCGCCGUCACUCGCCGCAGCCCGGGGCGCGAACUACCACGACCUGCUGAGGAAACUCAGUGAACAUAAGGUAUUACAACGCGACGUGGAAUGCCACGGUCGGAUCGUGAGCUCGGUGGUGAGGCUCUGCGGCGGAGGAGACGCGGCUCGUGCGCUUGAACGUCGUUGGCAUCUGCUGUACCUGCGGGCGAUUGAGUGGCAGUGCCAUUUGGAAGCCUGUUUGGCUAGGAUUGAUAAUCAGGGCUGUUUGUCAGUGGAAGCUGCAAGCGACAGUGACGACGAGCCAGCAUUGAAGCAGCCGAGGCUCAGCAAGAAGGGUUCACCACGAAGACAGAGGACCCCGGUCAAUGCGCGACGAAGGGAUAGUUCGCUGGAUAGCAGACAGUCUGCGUCUGAGGAGGAACAAGAAUAUGUGCUAACGUACACUUGGCGAGGCUUCGGGUCGGAUUGCGAGUCUGAGUUGGAGCGCUCGCGCUGUACCGAGAUGGCGGACGAGAGGCGCGUGCCCGGCGCCUGUGACGUCACCGCGCGGACCACUGACCAGACCGUGCCCGCUACUGAUCAUGUCGAUGGCCUCGAAGUAUACAACGUCGGCAUCGAAGGAAAAUUGAAAACUCCGCCGACAGUAAUAAAAAGAAAGAAGCCAGUUGACACGUCGAAAUUUAAUCAAACAGAUCGAAAAUCAAAACAUUUGGCCACAUUCUACUUCAGACACCACGACACAGAUUCGGACAGACAAAUGAUUGAAACAGAGAAGUCACAAGAAGAAUCUUCAGAAGAAGAAUGGACUUACGUUGGUGGUGCUAAAAUUGGUAACGAGGACUCUACAGAUUUAAUGACGUCAUCAGUUGAAAUACAGUGCGAAUUACCAUUGGAUGAAAAGAAAGAAAAACCACCAUCGCCAAAACCGAAAUUGGAGUCAUCAACGCCGGAUUUAUUGAGAGUGGAAAGGUCCAAAGAUAUAGUGAGGUUAGUGAACCAAGCAGAGGAAUUGGUGCAGAAACAAGCGCUAUCGAAAAAGAAGGGUUCGAGGAGUUUUAAGCCGCUGUCGUUUGAAGAGGAGGGAAAGAAUGUUAGUAGGAACAAAAUGUCCAGGAUCAAGGAAUGGUUGAAUCAGAGCUCAGAGGGCAAGAAUGAUAAUAAUCAGUGCACAGAAAGCUAUGAUGCUUCAGGGGAAUACACAACUGAAAGUGAAGUGGACACCUCCCUGACAUCCGAAGAACGAAACAUCCACUCAUCCAUGGACAUGAGCACUUCUACUUGCACCGUUACUCCCACACACCACGCCAAGGUGACACUGCGCAAGAAGCGGGCUGGCAACAGCGCACGGCCGUGGUCGGUGUCGUGUUUGUCGCAGCUGAGCGGCGCCGGCGCAUCGCUCGCAGCCACACCCACCGCGGGCGACGUUGCCGCUAUGUCGCACAACAUGUCUAUCUCUGAAUCUGCUUUGAACACCCUCGCGUCUCCUCAGAGGGUGACGCCUUCUAACUCAAACUCGAAGCUUCGUGGAAGUUCUACUACGGUUCAGGGUCACGUCUCAAGUACGAACACGAUGACAGAAGCCUGCACGUCUUGCGUGGAGGCUGGCGACAAACAUGGCUGGCUCCGGCGUAAGAGGCUCAAACUGCGCAGAAAUAACACCGCUGUGAGGAGGGGGGAGAGGCUUGUGAAGUCCCUCUCCUUCUGCGGCAGGUUAAGCCCUGAGAUUGAGGAUAAGCACGAGAGAAGUGCUGCCAGUGACCCCGCUACAAGUAGGAAGAGCAGAUUCGACACAACUUCAACAUCAGGCAACGACAGCGACGAGGAACUUAUAAAGCAACAACUCGCCACCAUCGCCCACCUGCGCAAGAGCAUCGAAAAGACCCACAUAUCGACCCGGGAACCCGACAGUGCCAUUCCAGAGCAAAAUGAGGCCGAACCAGUGGCCCCGAGCUUCAAACUAGGCCCUGCUGGGGGCCCAGUAAGGCCCCGGCUAGCCAGAAGCCUAGAAAGAGAGAGGAACUUCAUAGCUCUAAGUUUAGGAGACCCCAGUCGGUUGUGGGACUUAUCUAUAGACAAGGACUCUGAUAUAGACAAAAGUGUGACUGCUGGCACUGAAGAGCAUAGCUCGUUUUCGGAGCAGGCGUGGGAUUUCUAUCAGGAAAAGUACAACUCGGAACCAUAUUCAGAAGCUCCCGAUUCGGAUGCAGCGCGUCGUCUCCUAGAGUUCGGCGAUGACUACCGAGCCUUCCUGGACUCGCAGUCGGACUGUUGCUCCAGCCUGUCCGCGCAGCCCGAAAACGACCAGAGCCCUAGUGGCACACGCCGGCGCCGUCCCCCCUCCGACGUGUCGCGAGAGCGCAGCCUCCCUCGGUACAAGCGACCCACCAGAAACUCGCCCAUAGAAACACCCUCCAGAAAACCCAAAAAGUCCAUGUCCAGCGCCGAACGCAAAAAGUCCCUCCUCGACAGUCUAGAACGAUCUAGAAACAACACUAGCAUCGAAAGCAGCGAAGGCGUUCGACGCCGCAAACCGUCAGAGAGCGAACGCAAAAACAGCAAGCGAUCGCCUGAGUUCGAUUUGCUCAACGUGCAGGCUCUGAGCCGCAGACGGCACAGCUCGAACUUGACCAGUGAUGAGAUCAACAGUUCGUUGGAGUACACUGAAGUGAACAACCGGCCGGACAUACUGGACUCGCUGAGCAGACGGAGGAGGACGGACAAGGACGGGGAGUCGGAGUUGCAGAAGAUCGCGCUAUCGGAGCUGCGGCGGCGGUCGACGGAGAGCGCGGACUCGGAGGGCGAGUCGUCGAGCCCGGUGAAGCGGCGCUGGGGCGAGUCGGACUCGGAGGCGGAGGGCGCGCGGGCGCUGCUGCGGCGCUCGGGCGCGGCGCUGGACGCGGCGGAGGCGCAGCUGGCGCGCCACGACGCCUCGCCCGACCUGCUGCGCGCGUUCGACUACACGGAGAUCGUCACUCGGUGCCGGGAAAAUAUCAACCUAUUAGAUGCGGCCCUGGCUGGCGGCACGCUUUCUACCACUUUGCAACGAGACGUUAGAGCGGUAUCAGCAAGAUGGUCAGCUCUACGCGCGGCGGCGACCAGACGCGGUGGUGCGCGACGCCUGCGCAGGGAAAUGGCGGCGCUCCGGGAGACACUCGACGAUAUAUGCGAGCCCGGAGACUGCGCCCCUCAGCCACAUACCAGAGCUCAGCUGCAUAGGAGGAUUGAGGAGUUGAAGGAGCGUCUAUCCCGCCUGCUAGAAUGCAAGGUAUCCAUGUUAAAACUGACCGUGUCAGUGCGUCGUGCUCUGGGAGACAUGGAGAAUGAUGACGGCGGCCUUGGUGCUGAUCUGGCAGCUUUGCUAUCUGCGUGGGAUGAUGCUCAUCAACGGACUUCAAACGAGCUUCUAUCUUUGGAAAAAGCAGUCUGUGCUUGGGCAGAAUGGGAGAGUGCUCUUAGAGAACUCCAAGGUGCUUUGAGAGGUGACCUGGCAACUCUGGAAGCCUUGAGGGACCGUGGUGCCAUUACUGGGGACCAGACCGAAGUCGCCGCCCAAAUUAGGCAACUGGCCGCGUCUCUUGUGGAUAAGAAGAAGGGUGGUUCAACAUGCGACUCGCUCUCCGACUCCGGUAUAUCGGACGGCGACAGCGAGGGCGCCGGGCGCCGCGCGCGACGGCUGAGCGCUCUGCGAGAGCUGGCCAGGCGCUUGCAGGCUGCGCUGGCGCCGAAUUCACCGGCUCAGAGGGCUAUUGCUAAGCGUAUGGAGCAAACAGAGAACGAAGUGCGUACACUACAAGAAUCGUGUCGCGCUUUAGUUGAGCUCAGCAUUCCGGAUCUGAAGAUUGAGGAGGAAACCAGGGACAACAGCAUUGCUGCGGUUGCCGGCAGCAAAACAGGGUCUGGCGACCCCGACUACAGUCCCCGAGGAGGUUGGGUGUGGCGAGUACUGCGGUCCUCACUGCCCAUACAGUUGUGCCUCGUGGCGCUACUCUUGGCCGCUUGGCUGGUUGAGAGGCCUCGUUGUUGCGACGCCCUCAACUCCCUCGCUCAAACACUCACACCACAGCUCCGCUACGUACGAGGCCCUCCCCCAGUCUGAACCACUAAACCUGCAAACCCACGUGACAAUCACUAGCUAGCUAGCUAAAGGUUUCAGUAUUCAGCACGCCUUUUGUGCUAACGCCAAUUUGAAGUAUUCAAACGGCUUGGAACUGUGACGGUUUUUUGAAUGUAGAACGAGUUCGUUCCGAAAGUUGACGAAAGUCAGGAUUGCGUGAAGCAAUAAUUAAUUAUUAUUUUACUAACAUUUUGACUAGACAAUGGUUAGAAUGAGUAAAGGUUUUGAUUGACGUUGUUACUAACAUAGAAACGUAUCUAUGGAGAAUUCCAGAAAUGACGUACUGACAUGUAGAAGUAACCAAGUUAUGAUUAUGUUUAACAUGAAGAUUUUUAAACUACAUAGAUGUGACCGAAAUAUUGGAAUGACUAACGUUUAGCAAGAUGAAGUUAAUUAAGAUCUAUUCGCAUUAUUAGACAUUUUAAUUGCUCACAGCAAAAAAAAGUUCAAAUUGAAAAAGUGUUCCAAAAAAAUAAUAAAUCAUCUGUAUCAGAUGAAGUUCAAAAUAGUUAGUCUAUAUUUUAGUAAUAAUGUACUAACAUUGACAAACGUUUCUUAAGUUUGUCUGUAGAGUAGAAGCAUGCCUAUUUUAGUACAAUUAUUUGAUAGAUUACUUAAAAUAGGUGAGAAUGCGCUGUGUGACAGAUAUUCUGCUGAAAACAAUAUUUUUCAAUAAAAAUAGAUUUUUAAUGACUUUUUCAUGAGUUCACGUGACCAGGCAUGAGUUUUGGUGGGUUAUUCUGGUUUAUAUGUGAGAGAUAUUAUUAUAUACCUAGUGUAUAUUUAUAUAAUAUUUUAUAAUCAAUGCAGGCUACCUUUGAUAGCCCUGCAACAGAGCAACCGCACUGAAUCAUUCACUGGCUGGUAUAAAAAAACGGGGACCAAAGAGGCUAGCUUGAUUUGACUUUUGUAAUACUAUCCAUUGCUUGGGAGAAGAGCAUAAAAUCUUUCUCAAAUAUGAAAAAAAACAAGUCAAAUUAAGCAAGCAGGCUUAUCAUAAGUUCAUGUUUAAGGCCCCAACUUAAGUCAGUUCAAUGAAAAAGUCACUAAAAAUCUAACAUUUAAGACAACGACAACUUAUUUCUUCCUCGAAAUAGAAUUAUCAGUUCUCAUUUUAAUGAGUUAUCGUCGUGGCCUUACCUGAAAAAUAUUUAUAAAGACUGAUAAACUAGUGUUUCAAUUUAACAAACAUUUGAUUCAAUACAUAUCUAUAAUUCUUAGUAAUUUUAUUGUGUCAAUCACGAAAAACCAUGAAUCUAAAUAGCAAACACAUUUUCAUUUUCACUGUUUUCUGGUGACAUACACAAAAAAUAUAAGGCCCAAUAGUAAUUGGUCCGUGAAAAUAACUAUUUGCGUACAAACGACAGCAGAUCAACCUACCUCCAAAUGACAAAUUUCUUCAAUAGAUUUUCAACCUUAUCACAAUAAAGGAAGGUUAACGUUUGAUUGAUAAAAUUUGACAGAUUCGGAUAGGUUGAUCUGCUAGUGUAUGUACAUUGUAUAGUGAAUAUUACGAGCCUUGAUUAUAAAUCAAUAUGAAUCAUUUUCAAAUCUUAUUAAUAAUUUCGUCAAUUUUAUUCUCAUCAAUCACUAUCCAAAUAUUAUAAUCGAAUACCAUUGAAUAAAUUAUGAUGUGCCUGAUUAAAUAAAAAUAUUAUUCAUUGUUAUUGAUUUUCUGUUUUAUAAUUAAAUAUUUAGUUUUUAAUAUGUGUAACUAUUUAUUGUAUUGUCAAUUAUUUGUUGAUUUAUUUUUAAAUAACUAUAUUAUGUCAAUUAUAAUACUUUUCCCCUUUUAGCCAUGAAUUUUCUAGGACAUUUUAAUAUUAUUAUUAAAUGUUUAUAUACUUUUUAUUUUUCUUAAAUAUACUUCUCAAAAUCUAGGCAGACUGUAUUCAGUCUGAAUAUUCAAUUUAAAAAUACGUAAACGUAAACAUACCUUAUUGUGUUUCUUUACGUACCGGUUUACAUAUUUUUUUCUACCAAUCAACAUAAUUUACUGCGUGGGCAACACUUGCUCAUAAUAUGUUGCUCAGACAUUAUAUUAUAAUAUGCCAUUGAUUCGGCAAUUUAAAUAUACACUACAGUAUUUUAUCCAAAAUUUGUAGGUAUCAAUUAAGGAUGUAGAGUAGAAACUAGCAACUGUCUCUCUAACGGUUAAAAUAUUCUAAUUUUAGCUCAAAAUGUACCUUCUGAAAAUAUUGUAAAAAAAUUAAAUGGUUGAUCUGAAAGAGAUAAACUUUAUCAUAUUGAAAACAGAAUUAUAUAAAAUUGGAAUUUUAGUUUUCCAGAUUUUUUGUCUUUUGGUCUAGGUACUAAAGUUGUUAUGCUUUCGAUGUGUGAGCCAAGUCCUUACAGGACAGAUGUAAUGUAAAAUGCCUUAGUGUGACUGUCUUGAGUGGCGCAUUCUUAUAACGAAUGUAUAAUUAGUAUGUAAUUAAGUACACUCUCCCUGUGGUUUGCUAAAAACGCUUUUUUGGAUUGUUUUUAUCCCAUCGGGUAACUAGUAUUUUGAAAUUUUAUUAUUGUAAAAAAACCACAGCGAAAGUACUUCCAACAUUCUAUAAUUUUCUUAAUAAGGCAGUCAGUGCCCCUAGUAGUGUGUCAUAUUUCUUUUAAUUUUUUUAAUUUAGUGUAUAACUAGAUAAUUGGAAGAAAAUAGACAUGCGACGGAAAUGCAUUUAAUUUUUUCUUUCUUCGAAAGGGCUCGAGAGCGUAUGAUUAAUCGGUUGCAUUAUAAUAUGUUGGCUUUUGGAAUGGAAAUAAAAUUUUGAAUUUUAAA